AUGACGACGAUAUUCCAACAACCAAGAAACGCGGGGACGUUAUUCUUGGGAGGAAGCAAAGUUAGCGGUUCAGACAUCCGGGAUCAGUGUGUUCUAGCGACACAGGCCAUUGCAAAUGUCGUCAAAAGCUCUUUCGGUCCUUCGGGGCUUGACAAAAUGAUGGUCGAUGAUAUCGGGGACGUUACAGUUACCAAUGAUGGUGCCACGAUUCUGAGCUUACUCGAUGUAGAGCACCCUGCUGGAAAGAUUUUAGUAGAGCUAGCCCAGCAACAGGACAAAGAGGUUGGAGAUGGUACCACAUCUGUCGUCAUUAUCGCAUCCGAGCUCCUUCGUCGUGCAAACGAGCUUGUAAAAAACAGAAUCCAUCCCACUACGAUCAUCAGUGGGUACCGCUUAGCAUUGCGCGAGGCCGUCAAGUAUAUCUCAGAGGUGAUGUCGACUAGGGUUGACAACCUGGGGCGUGAAUCUCUCAUCAACAUCGCGAAAACAUCUAUGUCCUCUAAAAUCAUUGGAUCUGAUUCUAGCUUCUUCUCUGAGAUGGUGGUCGAUGCGAUGCUUUCUGUCAAAUCCACCAAUCAGAGACAGGAAGCCAAGUAUCCUGUCAAGGCUGUCAAUAUCCUUAAAGCUCACGGGAAAAGCGCACUAGAGAGCAUCUUGGUCAACGGAUACGCCCUUAACUGCACCGUUGCUUCACAGGCGAUGGAGAAAAGGAUAGUAAAUGCAAGGAUUGCUUGCCUCGACAUGAACCUCCAGAAAACACGGAUGGCGCUGGGUGUUCAUAUCACCAUCGAUGACCCAGAGCAAUUAGAAGCGAUAAGACAACGUGAAGCUGGAAUUGUCCUCGAAAAGAUCAAGAAGAUACUAGAUGCUGGAGCAAACGUCAUUUUAACAACGAAGGGCAUUGAUGAUUUGUGUCUGAAGACAUUUGUCGAAGCGAAAGCUAUUGCUGUCCGCCGAUGUAAGAAAGAGGAUCUUCGCAGGAUUGCUAAGGCGACUGGUGCGACCCUCGUCUCGACACUCUCAAAUCUUGAGGGGGACGAGGUUUUCGAAGCUUCGAGCUUAGGGUACGCUGAUGAAGUGGUACAGGAGCGUAUAUCGGACGACGAGUGUAUUCUUGUUAAAGGAACCAAGGCAUUUAGCUCUGCAUCUAUCAUCUUGCGGGGCCCGAACGAUUACCAAUUGGACGAAAUGGAGCGCUCCGUGCAUGAUUCCUUAUGCGCCGUCAAACGGACACUUGAAAGCGGUGCAGUCGUCCCCGGAGGAGGUGCUGUUGAGACCGCUUUAAGUAUUUACUUAGAAAACUUCGCUACUACAGUGGGAUCACGAGAACAACUAGCUAUAGCAGAAUUUGCGUCCUCUCUCUUAAUAAUUCCGAAGACAUUGGCUGUCAACGCUGCGAAAGAUUCGUCGGAGCUCGUGGCCAAGCUUAGACAUCGACAUGCAGCAAGCCAAUCCGCCGCUGAAACCGAGGCUAAAAUCAAAGGAUUCAAAAAUUAUGGACUAGACCUUACAAAUGGGAAAUUGGUUGAUGAAAUUAAGGUUGGAGUGUUGGAGCCGAGCAUGAGCAAGAUAAAGCAGCUUAAAUCUGCUGUCGAGGCGUGCAUUGCCAUCAUGCGAAUCGAUACCAUGAUUAAACUGGACCCUGAGCAAAGACAAGGGGGGGAUGAACACGACCACUGA